UUCACAAUCGUAAGUUGAGGUUGUUACACUGCAGCUCAACUGUUCCAAGCUACCAGCUCUCUAAGUCCAACAUUCAUUGUUAUCAUUUGUGUUUGCUUGAUCUGCUUUCAGCUAUUAUGGCGGUUUUUCUUGAUUUGAAGAAUAAAAUUUUCGGUGGAGAUGAUUCUGAGAAGAAUUCGGAGAGCAGCAAGAGCGAAAGUAGCGCAUCCAGUGUUUCAACUCCGGAGCCUCCUGAAGAGUAUGUAUCCCCUCAGAAGUCUGUAAAAAAAGGCGCCAUAGAAGAUGUUUACCCGUGGAUAAAGCUGUUACCCAAUCCUGAGGAUGCAGAAGGAUUUGAUGAAAAUUAUCAUGACGGCCUCAAUAAGGACGACAACAGUCAGGACGAAGAAAACCUAAUAGACACUCGCGGGAUGGCUCCAAAGAACAUAGACGACAGAGGAAGGAUAAGAGGAAGUUGCACAGACUGUGACUGUGAUGAGUUUGAGAGAGCUCCCAAGGGAUCCCCUUGUCAUUACUGCCUCUGUUCUCCCUCAACUCACGAGUUGCUGUGGCCACCUCCGCCUGAGGAAAAUCAGCCAAUAUCUGAAACUGAAGUAGAAGGUGAAGAUAAAGCUGUCGUAAAGGAGAAGGAUCAGGACCUAAAAAUUAAAGCAGAAGAAGACGAAGAAGAAGAAGCUAAACCUCCUUCGAAGAUCGGCGGUUUUUUGGCUAACUUUAAGAAGAAAGUAAAACCUGCCACCUCUGAAGAAGAAAUGGAGGCAGCAAAACAGGAAGAGUUGAGAAAGAUCAAAGAGGAGAUGGAAGAAGAAAUCCGGAAAUUUGAAGAAAAGAAGAAGAAAGAGUUUGAAAAACUUAAAGAGGUAUGGUCGGAAAUGUACUUCAAGAGUCUGCCAGUUGAGAGAUGUUCGGAGGACAGGAGGGGUAUCGUCAGGGGGCGCUGUAGGGACUGUGAUUGUGAAGGAUUUGAGAGUGAUCUGCCAGCCUCCUCCACCUGUGCCUACUGCGGAUGUGCUCCCACCUAUCACGUAGCUAAGAUAGACUACUUCACUGAGGAACCUUUUGUAGUUCAUAAUAAGGAGUUUGUUAACCAAGUUGCUCUUAAGAACUGGAAAAGGAAAACAUUUGCAGCGAGUCUAACGAACCAGUCGGAGGCAGCUGAGUCAGAGAAAGGGAGUCACACUAACGAGGAUAUGACGGUGUAUCAGAAUCAGCGGGUUAUUGAUGCUGCUGAUGAGGGUGUUACUUACAAGUAUGAUACGUUGGCAGAAAAAAACAAAGCUGAUAAAAACAAAGCAACAGUCGCCGAAAUCUACCCUUGGAUAAAAGAAGAGGCUGAGCCGAAAAGGAAGAUAACGAAUCUAGCACAACUUGUAAAGGACAACAAAAGAAAGGGUUUGAGUAAGAGACACAAUCUGGUCCUAGAUCUGACAGAGGAAGUAAGAACCCUGAGGGCUGAGAUCGAGGACGUUCUAUUCUAUGACAACGAAGACACGUUGCAAACAGUUCUACAAGAGCUGUGGCAGGAGCACCAUAAGCUGGUCCAACAGUUCGAGGAGUUCAUGAGCGACCUGACAGUAGACUCUCCUCCUCCUUCUCCUAUGUUAGUAGAAGAGACUACACCCACUCCAGAGCAUGUACGAGAAGAUCGGGCUCAAAGGAGAGUGGAGUGGAAGUUCAAGAAUAUUCUCAGUUUUCCGGUUGACGAUGAUGAGGCUGAUAAGGAGUUUGAGAAGGGUGCUAAACCUAAUGAGUUUGGCAUAACAGCGAGAACAGCAGCACCGCUAACCUGAGGAAGGCGAUAUAUGAGCUGUACCUUCAACAUUACGAGCUUAAGGAAAAGUUUGGGAAGUUUGUUGACCAGAUUGACAUAGAUUCAGCUAUAUCAUCAGAAGGGUUUGAGUAUAAUCCACCAACUCCCGACCAAGUGAAAGCACAUGCUCGACUUCGGAGGAUUGAGUUCAUCAUCAAACGGUUCUUCGUACGACCAAAUAACAUCGACUAAUACAACGAUAUAAAGCACAUACAGCGGACAGCCAUGCUAAAAGGUCUAACCUUGCCGAUACAUUAUUAUAAAUAACUUGAUAUUAUGUUACUGUUAGUAGGGAUGAAUGUUAUAUAUUGAUAGUUUAUGGCGCUAGAAUUUAGGGUUAGAACAGAAAUGUUCUAAAUGUAUACAGUUGUAUAAUUUGUAAUGAGAUUAAGCGGUAAGGCAAUGGAUGGGAUGUAUACUCAAAAUUAAAACUUAGCUUUUAGAAUUUGGUAAUAACUUGGAGCACAUUUAGAUCGUACUUGAAUCAUAUACUUUAUAAAAAUUUGUGUAAAAUUUAUGUACAUGAAUAACAAGUUUUGUAUUCGAAAAUUUUUGAAUUAUAUAGACGUUGUACAAAACUACUAAAUACAUCUUCUAUUUACAAAACGAUCAUCUCCCGAUC